ACGGACAACGAAAUGUAAUCGACACAAAAUGGCGAACACAAAAUCAUUCUUAUACUUCAUAGUUAUAGUCAAUCUAAGCCUCAAUGUAAAUACUACAUCAGUAGAUGAUAAAGUUUAUUAUAACGAAACGCUAAUCAAAGAUCUAGAUAGUAUUAUAAGCGAGAAAAUAAUUAACACAGUCAUUAAUGAUAGUUUAAAAAUACGUAAGUUAGAAGACGAAAAUAUUAGAAAAAGAGAUGUUAAUACAACAGACAUAGAAAACGCUAUAGAAAUAGCUGAUGCAAAUGUUGAUACGAAUUCUAUUGAAGAAUAUGAUUCUACUACAAGUGUAUACGAAGAUACGACGGUUUACUAUGAAUCGUACAACUACACGGAUGAACCGUGUGUGGGUGACCCUGAAUACUGUAAUAUGACAAGAGAAGAAUACUUUCUAAUGCUCAAUGAAUAUAUAUACCCUCAACCGUACGAAUGGGUGUUGAUAGCGACUCAUGCGAUUGUGUUUGUGAUUGGCUUGAUUGGAAACGCAUUAGUAUGUAUAGCAGUAUACAGGAACCAUUCAAUGAGGACAGUGACGAACUAUUUCAUAGUGAAUUUGGCGGUAGCAGAUUUCAUGGUGAUCCUGAUCUGCCUGCCUCCAACAGUGCUAUGGGAUGUGACGGAGACCUGGUUCUUUGGGACGGCAAUGUGCAGAAUUGUUCUGUACUUCCAGUCAGUAUCGGUGACAGUGUCAGUGCUGACGCUGACCUUCAUCUCAGUGGACCGCUGGUACGCGAUCUGCUUCCCGCUCAAAUUCAAAUCGACGACCAGCCGAGCCAAGACCGCCAUUUUGAUUAUAUGGGUGCUGUCGCUGUUAUUCAAUGUCCCAGAAUUCGUCGUGCUCCAAGUCCAAAGCCGCAUGGAACUACGUUUCAACGCGCACACGCAAUACUUCAUGCAAUGCACAUCUACGUGGUCCAACGAGAGCGACCUUAAGUGGCACAUCAUAAAGGCGCUUUUCCUUUACACAUUCCCCCUCCUGCUGAUGAUGAUAGCCUACUGCCAGAUCGUGAGGGUCCUCUGGCGAUCAGACAACAUCCCUGGACACACGGAGUCGCAUAAACUCUGCCCAGGUCAGAAUAAUUGGUUAGCCGCCAACCGACGCACCACACCAUCUAUCCACACCAAUGCGUCCACGGAGGGCCAGCUGCGCUCACGACGCAAAGCUGCCAAGAUGUUAGUGGCCGUGGUCGUCAUGUUCGCUGUUUGCUACUUCCCUGUACAUCUGCUGUCUGUGUUGAGGGUGGCAUACGACGUGCAGCAAAGCGACAUAAUGACAUGUAUUUCACUGAUCUCGCAUGUCAUGUGCUACGCCAACUCAGCGGUCAACCCACUCAUAUACAACUUCAUGAGUGGCAAGUUCAGGCGGGAAUUCCACCGGUCCUAUUUCAAAUGCCUGUGUUGCUGUUUUGGAGCGCCCCCUGAACAGAAUGGAACCUCCUUCGCUCCAAUAGGCAGCUCCCGCGCCGGUACCACCAGAACAAUCGUUCGACGUAACGACUCUUGCGCUAGCUACAGACUCACACACCUCUCCCCAUCCAACCACAACAUACACAGAGACAUCAGGAACACAAACAACACUUCCUUCAUCGAACACAUGAAUGGAAACCGACGGCUCAAAGUUCGUGAUGAUUCCAUCAGCGAGUCUGCAAGGUUCACACUGACAACUGACGUCAGAGAUUGACAGUUAGGUAAGGACUACGGGUACAGACAGGGCACCUACGCAAGGCGAUCCAACAGUGACGGACAGAGACGAGCCCAAUGCGACUGUUUUAAAGACAUUGGACAAAGAAGCAGACCUGAUACAAGUGAUAAUGAAAGGUAUAGUGACACAUAUACCGAUUACCGCGGUGAAAACGAAGUCACCGAAAUGUAUACCGAUGAAAACGGGUAUAAAUUUAAGUUUAAUCGUAGUUUAAAUAACUGUCAUAGGAAUAGGAAGAUUAACACUUUGUUUUAAUGUACAUAUUGGUGUGUAUGAUAGUUUUAUUGAUAAACGUAGUAAGUAGUGUUGUAAGAUAUUGCGUAUGCAGUCUUUAAAGUAAUAAGAGGACUUAAAAGUUAUUACAUAAAUUUAAAAGAUAAUAAACAGAAAGAUAAUAACGUAUUAACUCUUUAUUUCAUAUUAUGAGAUAAUUAUAUGGCAUAAUAAAAACUUCAGUAUUAUGGCAUUCAUUAAGCAUGAAUAAACUAUAAAUAUUAUAUUACAGUAUUAAUUUCAUUGCCUAUUUAAUAUUAAUGAAUACUUCAUUGAGUCUCUGAUGGAUAUGAUAUUUUAUAAAAUGUUAAUUUAAAGUGUCAUAAUAGAAGU